CCCCUUCACUUCAUUUAGACAGUCGCUUGUAGUGGAUAUACCGGGAAUGGGAUCUUCAGCGAGAGAUAAGAAAAACUUUAAAUUUUUCCGCGUUUAUGCCCUUCAGAGACUCCUCUUUAUCUUGCGGGAAUAAUUGGGAGCAAACAAAAGCAAGACAUAAUAUUCCAAUGUGAAGAAUCGUAGUAUAGCCUAUAGUUGAGAGUGUAAGAAGUUUCCUGAAAAGAAAUACGAAUGGGAUAAAUUCUGUAAACAAGAUUAGCCUACAUAAGAGGAAUUUUAAUAUUCGGAACCUUUCCCUAAAUCAAUUUUACAGAUUCAUUAAAAUUAAUACUUGGUUAAAAGAAACUGCACGUUAAAGUGUUGUUAAUUAGGCAAAAAUAAAAAGAAAUAAAAAGGGCAUAGUGAUAUUUUAGAAGCCGAUUAGUUUCCUGAAGGAGUUGUGCGUGUGUAUGGAGAGUGGCGCCGACACCUGUGCACAUUCACCAUGGCGAAGUGGUUUAAAGAUUUUCCAACUAGUUUGAAGACUGGAUCCGACCGGAUCCGUUCUGCUUCGGAAUCGGGAACUCAGUCCCGUCCCAAACCGGUUCUGACGGUCGGUACUGGUUCGAAGGGGAGUCUGCGUAAAAAUUCUGGAGCGGAAAACGGCGGCAGUGUGGGUUCGUGUGGUGGCGGUGGUGUGGGUUCGCUGCUCCACGGGAGAAAUCGUAAAAAUUCGGCCAUCGAGCUGGGACGGAACCACUCCAGCACCGGCUCGAUAAAAGACGGGAGGAUAUGGGAAAUUCUGAUUCCUGGGAAAAGUAAGAAGAACACCAAAAUGGAGGGGUUUGAAGACCAUCGCACCCUGCGGACCACCAGUCUUGCUGACGCGUACAUGAGCAGAAUGAUCAAGGUUAAUGAUCCAAAAUCAAGUGUAGGAGGAUCAUCUCCAGACAGCGAGAGGGCCAAGUCACCAAUCAGGACAGAAACGAUCAUCCUGGAGGAUUAUGCUGUCCCAUAUGAUGCUGAGAAAACGAGGGAACAGAGAGAGGGUGAAAGAGAAGGAGAGAAUGAUGGGUACAUGGAACCUUAUGAUGCCCAGCUCAUUAUUACAGAGAUUCGCCGACGAGGUUCGAAGGACUUGCUGAAAGUGUGUGUAGUGUUGAAUGGAGGAGAAAGUGAGGGGUCUGGACCUCCUCAGAUCUAUGAUGUCCCAUAUGAGGAGGUUCUGGAGGGAAUUCCCUUGACCCGACCUGAGUCUGACCCCAGACCACCAGCGGAGUAUGAGCUGCCCUGGGAGUGGAAGAAGGAGCAGAUUGUUAGGGCACUGUCAGCUCAGUUUGAUGGAAUAGAGCGCAUGGCCAAGGAAGAUUCAGGUUCUCCUACUGGAAAACAGCAGACACUGAGACAUAAGAGCUGGACCCCUAAAACUCUUCGACCGAAUCCCCCGUCCCCAACUUCCCCUUCAUCUCCCAGCACCAUCCCAGACAGUGAGACACCAAUAGUUGAUCCCACCCUGCCCUUGGAGAAACAGAGCUGGUAUCAUGGCAGUGUGAGUCGUCAGGAGGCGGAGGCUCAGCUGCAGCACUGUAGGGAGGCCAGCUUCCUGGUGCGAGACAGCGAAUCAGCUACCAGCAAAUACUCCAUCGCCCUCAAGACGAGUCAAGGAUGUGUGCACAUCAUCGUAGCGCAGACUAAAGAGUGCGGUUACACACUGGAAAAAAGCAGCUGUGUGUUCCCAAGCAUCCCAGAAGUGGUGCACCACUACUGUUCCCAGCGCCUACCUUUUACGGGGGCAGAGCACAUGACCCUACAGCACCCUGUGCCACGCACACACUAAACACACACACACACAUGCUGAACUUAUACAUAUUAACAGCGUUCUCUGGUGUAAAGACAUGAAUGUACAAUACCAUGGUGCCUGCCAAUCACAUGCCAUCAAAACACAGCUUAAAAUUCUUUGUCUUACUGUACGUAUGUAGAUGUGGGCAUGGAAAGGAGUAAUUGAAUAAGUGGAAUUUUACGUAUAUGUGUUUUCGGCCCUUUGAAAACUGGGUUUUACUCACUAGAAAGACCAAAGGAGGAGAUAUAUUUGACAAAAACUGUAGUUUAAACGCAACAGUUUACGUAAUGUGUAUCUGUUGCAGACUUCUGUUUUGUUAUUUCCUCAUGCUGGGACUGCAGCACAAGUUCAUUCACAAUCAUGUUACUGGUCUAAUUUUGUGCCUGACGGAGCGAAUCGCUCCUAAACUCCCCCUGCUGGCAGAAGUGGCAAACUGCAACUUUCCCUGGAGAGACACAAAUGUUACUCCCUUUAACAAUGACUGCAUUUAAGUGGCCAGAAUCUGCACAGUUGAUAUUUUUAGGAUCCAUAGUAUAGAUUCAGUUUAGAAUUAUAGUUGAAUUCUCAUAUUCAUUUAUCCUCUAAGAAAAAAAACACUUCAUCACACAUUGGCAGUUCCUGGAUAGCUGAGGUUAGAUUAUUAGUUCGGAUCAAUAAAGCAAAUUGAAGCUGGCUCGUUCAUCAGAUAAAUGAGUCAUUGCCGUUGAUUGGCUAAUGUUCUUGUCUGUACGUGAUGAAACUUUCUAUUGAUUUGGGAAUAGUGGGAUGUCGAACAGAUUUACUGACUGUGUUGUCAUGCUUGGAUUCAUGGCGUACCGACUGUGGUAUCACUCUCUUGGUGAUGGGAAGUUACGUUUAAAUGUAUGUCUUUUUGUUUAAAGGUAACAGGUUCCGUUUUAAUCUUAAUUUGAUAAUUGUUUAAUCUAGAUGAGAGAAAUGUGAUGGAUGUUCACUGAAGAUUUUGCCUUUGUACAAUGUAAGACUGUGCAAAGCCUGAAAUAAAGCAGAUAAUGCUAAUUUCGUUAAA